UUUCUUUUGGCACUCUUCUCUUUCUCGCUUCCUAACCCCAAAAAUGACCCCCUACCAAGUGAACAAAAUAAGUUAUUUAUUACCCCAAUUCUCUUCCAUAUAACACUUGUUUAAUCAUUCAUCAAAAUCAUUUUUCUCUUUCUAGCUAUCUUUGACAUUAUUCAGAUGAGAACAUUGUGCCCCAACUUGGAUAGAGAAGAUGGGCUGGAAACAGUGCUGGAAGUCCCCAUCCCAGAAGAAAUGUUUGCUUCCAACAAGCACAGGGCACGGCAGAACAAGAAUUCUGGGGUCAAAUCUCACAUGGACAAGUCUGCUGCUUCCGUUUUUGGUAGCCGAAAUGCUGAGAUUCAACUCUUGCUUGGCGUUGUUGGAGCUCCGUUGAUCCCUCAUCCUAUCCGUUGCGACCACUCUCUCAACACAAAAAUCAACGAUCAUCCCAUAGAAGCUUCAGUGGCGAAAUAUAUAGUACAACAGUACAUAGCAGCAGCAGGGGGAGAACAUGCUCUAAAUUCCAUUGAUAGUAUGUAUGCAAUGGGGAAAAUAAAGAUGGUGGCGUCUGAGUUUAUUGCUGGAGAUGGAAUGGGAUUGAACAACGGUAAUGUGAUGAAGAUUAAGAGUGUGAAAAAUGGGCCUGGUGAAAUGGGAGGAUUUGUGUUGUGGCAAAAGAGACCUGACCUGUGGAGCAUAGAGCUGGUGGUUUCAGGGUGUAAAAUUAGUGCUGGAAGUGAUGGUAAAGUGGCUUGGAGGCAAACUCCAUGGCAUAAUUCCCAUGCAUCUCGUGGUCCUGCCAGGCCUCUUCGUCGUUCCUUACAGGGUCUUGAUCCCAAAUCCGUUGCCAAUUUAUUCUCCAAUUCCAUUUGUGUUGGAGAGAAGUCGGUGAAUGCAGAAGACUGUUUUGUACUAAAGCUUGAAACAGAGCCCUCAACUCUGAAAGCAAGAAGCAGCAGCAACGUUGAAGUAAUGAGGCACACUGUUUGGGGUUACUUCAGCCAACGAACAGGGCUCUUACUCCAGCUUGAAGACACUCAUCUUCUAAGAAUCAAAGCCCCAGGAAAUGAUGUCUUUUGGGAAACAACAAUGGAGUCAUUAAUACUCGAUUAUCGAACACUCGACGGAGUUAAUAUUGCACAUGGUGGAAGAACAUCUGUUUCUUUAUUUAGGUUUGGUGAGAACUCAGAAGGACACACUAGGACAAGAAUGGAAGAGGUUUGGACCAUUGAAGAAGUCGAUUUUAACAUAAAGGGACUCUCUGCGGAUUGUUUCUUACCGCCUAGUGACUUGAAAAACGAAGAUGAAGUGAGUAAUGAUGUGAACAAGAACUCAAGGUUGGGGUUCAAGGCUCGUACUAAUAAUGCUAAACUAAGAACUGCUAGGAAAGGUCCGUCUAAAAUCAUGUCUAUUGACGAAGAAGAUCUUGAAGAUUACGAAGCAGAUGAAGAGUCUUGAAGUUCAAUUGCAAGCUUAUUUAGUAUUCUGUACUCAUUUAUGUACAUGGAGCACCACAGGAUAUGUUAUAGGAUUUGACUUGUAUUACUCUAACAGUAUAAAGAAAUUUCUAGUGACUCAACUGGAAGGUUGUUUUGAGUAAGGUCAACCAGUCAAUGAUAGCAGCAAUCGAGCAGUAGAAAAACCCAAGUGAAAUCCCAACUUAUCAUUAUACCAAGCCACAAGUAAUAAGAAAUCCACAUGUGCAAUGAACAGCGACAUAUGGAACCAAACAUAUAGCUGAAUCUCAAGAAACUUAAGUAUAGGAAGAAUCUGGUAAACAA